UUCUGCUUCAACCCAGCCACUUGAACCAAGAACUAUCUUCAAACAAACAUACGUACCAUACCGGUGUCUCUCCAAGCAACAUCAUCAUGGCGCCAACAUCUCCGACUCCCACCGCCUCUGCUACGGCUACCAUCCCGUUUCUCUAUCGAAUCAUCUUGCUCUAUAUCGAACCCCUCUUCGCAAUCAACGGCGCUUUCAUGGUCUUCUUUCAGCCAGCCAAAUACGCGGCCAUGAUGACGCGCGCAUCUGUGCCCUACGAUGCCCCCUCGCAAUAUCUCUACACGCAGAUUGGGAGUGGAUGGCUGUACUUUGCCUUCAUCCAAGCCGUCAUCCUUCGGCUGUAUGACGAUCUUCGUCUAUGGCAGCUGCUCUGCGUCGGCAUGCUCCUCAGUGAUGCUGGGUAUAGCUGGUCCGUGAUACAAGGGGUAGGCGGAUGGAGUCAGUGGAUCAAAGUUGGAGAAUGGGAAGCCUCAGACUGGACCUUAUUUUGGGCAACUGUGCCUUUGGCAGUGAUCAGGAUUUUGGUUUUGCUUCAGAGUACGGCCGGAACGAGGAAGGGUGAAGUGAAGGUGAAGAUCGAUGAAAAGAGGAAGUGAAGCUUUUUGCUGGCAAACAAAGAUGACAAAUGACUUGAGAUGAUGGAAACUCAACGGCAGUAUAUGGCGAACAGUUGCGAAGGACGAGGGUUUUUGAUGUACGGGUAGAACACCGUCUUCGUGACCAACCCAUCAUCGGGAUUUGGUUUUCCCCCGUACUGCGGUGUCUUUUAGAACUCGAGGGUUUGGAGCAUUGGAGGAGUGGAAAGCAAUGUCAGCUUGAAUUGCCAUCCACAAUCGAGAACCGUUAUUUUUGGGUGCUCUCCAGGCUAAAAAGAGACAAAAAUCAAAUCAACCCUCGGCAUCGAUGGCCGAGCAACAACGACCCUGGAAGCCUAGUCAAGUAGCCGGGCUCGUCGUGGACAAAAUAAUUGAGACCUUUGACAUUAUACCUUGGGUGUACUCCCACUAUACAUCCAAGCGUCAUUGUUACACGUCUGGUCUUGAGUUCUAGGCAAUUCCUGGAUAGAAAUAUCCAUAUAGGACGCCAGCUGAUGUCUUUUC